UCUCAACUAAGCCAAAUAAUCGUUCUACUAAAAAAAAAAAAAAAGUGCACCACAGAUACGACGAGCCAUUUUCUUUCCAUUUCCACAGUGGUGCUCACCCACCCUGUGGCCCUUUCAGAAGUCAAUUCCCAAGCUCCGGUGAGACUUGAGUCCACUCCAAAACCCAUUUCUUUUCUCUCAAUAUCAUCCAACACCCAAAAAAAAAAAAACCCAAAAUUCUUGAUUCUCCUUCUUGCAGACCAAAAAUGGCCCUCACCACCACCACCAUCUUCUUCUUGCUAUUGAUCUUCAGCAACAGUAUCAGUUCAUCAUCAUCAUCUCCGAUCAUAGGGCUGGACACCUUCCUCUCCCACCAAUCCCGCCUGGACCCACAAGCCACCAACGACUCCUUCCUCUCUCUCUCCUCCUCCCUCAAAUCCUCCCUCUCUCUCUCCUCCUCCUCCCUCCUCUCUCACUCCGACAAGACCCACUCCCUGCUCUCCCUCUCCGUCUCCCUCUCCCUCCACGUACGCCUCGUCGGCGACUCCUUCCCCUCGUCCGCCUCCUCCCUCCUCUACUCCUUCCUCUCCGCCUCCCAACACUCCGACCACUUCCACGUCAUCACCCCUUUCGACUCCCUCCUCCAUCAGCUCGCCGUCAAGCACUCCCUCCACCUCGACGUCUCCCACUCCCCUUCCCUCGCCUCUCUACUCUCCAAAGCCCUCAAAUCGGAGAUCGACAAAACUCCCUCCAGUCUCCGAUCGCCGCUUCUCUCCAUCCCUUACUCCUCCGUCGAUCAGAUCAUCCGUCAGGACUUCGAGAAGGAGAAGCCCGUCCAUGGAGUUUACCUCUAUUUCUUGAAUUUAGGUCAACAGUCCAAGCCCUACGCUUAUAGCUACGGCCAUGGAGAUUCUUCCCCUGCGUUUUCCAAGUGUUUGGGGAGCAUCUGGACCGGGAAGGAGAGGUAUAUUUGGGUCGAUUUGGGUGCCGGACCGGUCGAUUACGGUCCUGCGAUCUCCGGCGACGGAGUUCUUCCCAGAGGCGAGUUUCAUCCCUUGGCGGCUCUUCAUGGCCGGCCGAAAUCGGAUAAGGCUUUGCUUGCGGACUUGGCGUCCUUGGUCUGGAGCGCUUACCAGGUUCUUCUUGUUCCUUCUUUGAGAAUUCCUGUGCCUUUUGAGAAUUCCUUGAUUGUUCAGCUUAUACAUGUUUACGGGACUGAGAAUGGUGAUCCGAGUGGGUUGGAUUGGAAAGCUAUAAAGAGGACGUUUAUGGAUGAGGUUAAUGAUAGUGGCUUGUUGUUGGCUGAUCAGUCUUUGAGGUUUAAGACUUAUAGAGUGAGUUAUGCAGAGUGUCCGAUUUGCUCGUUCGCCAUUUCCCGGUCGACCAAUUCCUAUACGUCUAGGUUUCUCUUUGAUAACUAUACUAUGAUUGUGAAUGAGUAUUUGGACUCGAAGCGUUUGCAUCGGAUAUUGUCGGAUUCCGCAGACGAGUUCAGGAGGGUGGCGUCGAUUCCUGAGGAGGAUUUUGGAAGGGUUCUUCCAGUUUAUGUGUUUGAUUUGGACGUCCACUCAAUCUUGUUGCUCGAUCGGUAUCACCAGUCUGUUGCUUUCAAAGACAUGGUUAUUGCAGUGAGGACAAAGAAUACCCAAACUGUGAGUGAUUAUAGUUGCAAUGGCCGCCAUGUGUUUACGCAGACGAGAGAGCUUGAGCGUCAGCUUGUUGGUUCGAUUCUGCAGAGCAUGUGGGGAGUUUCGCCGACCCAUAUGUUAUGGAGCCCUAGACACAAUACUACUUUGGUGGAUUACACAUGGAGUAUUGGGCAGACUCCUUUCGGUCCGUUCUCUGAGAGUUCGUCCUUGUCUUUCGUGCAGAAAGAUGCUGCACGGAGAAAUGUUCUUUUGACGUCGUUGAAUUAUAGCAUAACAAGUGCCAUUGAUGUUCUUGAAUCUAUGGCUGCUCAUGGUGGGGAUAGAAAACUUCUGAAACAUAAUCAGCAUGUUGAGUUCAUACAAAGAUGGAACUUGUUUAAGUACAAGCUGGAUAAGGCAGUUUCUGCAUUGUCUCGUUUGGAUUUUGAGACGGCUUUGUAUUACCUAAGGUCCUCUGAUCAUGAUUUAUAUGGCAUCCACUCCCUUGUCUAUACUGCAUCACAGGAAUUGGAGGCGUCACUGGUUUGUUUCAAGGAUCCGCCGUUUCCAUGGGUUUCGGUUUCCAUAUCCGUGGGAUUUUUCUUUGUUUUCUUUUAUCUUUAUGCAAAAAGAGACGAGCUUUUCAGAAAUAAGAGAAAGCAAUUUUGAAGCUGUUUUAGAGGAAAUGAAGUUUGUAUCGUUCGGAGACAAUAGAACACCAGUAUUUCUGUAAAAGAGCUAAACCUGAGGUCAGAAACUAGAAUUCAGUUUGCUCAAAUCUUUUCUUGAUGUGAGCUGUUGCUUUGUCCUGUUAACCAAUUGCGGCGUCUGGUCUUGAUUUUUGCAAAGUGCAUUCUGUCAACUUUUGUUUUUAAUCAUAGAAUCUAAAACAUGCAGUUUGGCGGAAGUUCA